AUGUCCUUGGAAGGUCGAAACAUCAUUAUCGGUGGCAAGUACAAACUUGGAAGAAAGAUCGGUGCUGGCUCUUUUGGAGAGAUUUACUUGGGAUCCAACAUUACCAGUGGUGAAGAGAUCGGCAUAAAACUUGAAAGUGUUCGGGCACCCCAUCCACAGCUUGAAUAUGAAGCACGAGUAUACAAGACAUUAGCUGGUGGUGUUGGCAUCCCAUUUUGUCGCUGGUAUGGCAGAGAAGGCGAUUACAAUGUGCUUGUUAUGGAUCUCUUGGGCCCUUCAAUGGAGGAUUUAUUCAAUUAUUGCAAACGGCGCUUUUCGUUGAAGACUGUACUCCUUCUCGCUGAUCAAUUGCUUUCUCGAGUGGAGUAUAUUCAUUCCAAAGGCUUUAUCCACAGAGAUAUCAAACCAGACAAUUUUCUGAUGGGCAUUGGACGAUGCGGCAAUCAAGUCAACAUGAUCGAUUUCGGACUUGCAAAACGAUAUCGUGAUCCUCGAACCAAUGUGCAUAUACCCUACAGAGAAAACAAGAAUCUGACCGGUACCCCCCGAUAUGCUAGCGUCAACACACACUUGGGCAUCGAGCAAUCACGACGUGACGACCUCGAAUCUCUCGGCUAUAUAUUGAUUUACUUUUGCAAAGGGCAACUACCUUGGCAAGGCAUUCGAGCUCGCACCAAAAAGGAGAAAUACGACAAGAUUAUGGAAAAGAAGAUGACUACGCCUGCAGAUGUCCUUUGUCGCAACCUGAGUCAGGAAUUUGCAAUAUACCUCAACUAUGUACGAUCAUUGCGUUUCGAUGACAAGCCUGAUUACACCUAUCUACGCAAACUCUUCCGUGAUCUCUUUGUUCGUGAAGGCUUUCAAUACGAUUAUGUAUUUGAUUGGACUGUUAGAAAAAUGGAAAAGAAGAUGGCUGCUGAAUCACAAGCAUCGUCACGACUUGAUACAUCAUUGUACGGUUCUUCGGCUGCUCCUUAUGAUCCAGCAUUACCUUCACAUCAACGACGACCCAUGAUGACUACAGCAUUACCGACACCAGGCUUGCCUCAUCGAUCAUCAGUAGCUCAGCCUUAUCGUACAGAGAACAAAUCACCUGAGACAUCAAAACGUUUGGAUGAUGUAAUGCUUCAAUAUCAACACCAGCAACAACAAAAAUUGAUGCAAAGUCAAUAUGGUCGGCCAACUAUGUUACAACAAACGCUGCCACAAGACCAUGCAUACCUUAGCAACCAUGCAUAUGCAGGAACGGGCGGUGGUAGAAUGCUUGUGCGAGAUAAUCCACCCUCAGCUUCAUCCAGUAGCCGAUUAUUACGUUCACAAACAAAGGGUCUAUCAGCAGCAGGAAUGACGAAUCCUAUUCCAGUAACAAGCACUCAACCACCACCUGCAUUCAUUGAUCCAGCACCCACCAAUUUCCAUGAUCCUCACAUCAAAUAUCCCAUUGAUCCUAUUGCUAUUCCAGUGACAGAUCCUAGAUCAGCCAAGACAGCUAAAGUGGGUGAUCAGCAACCAUUGACCGCUGCACAGCAGAUGAAGCCUUUCAAUCUCAUGAACCCGACGAGCCGGUUGUACGACGACUUUUGA